AUGGCUGUGUCAUUUCAAACCCGUGGUCGUCAUGGAUAUGCUGUAAAGUUUUCACCAUACUUUGGUCCCAGACUUCUCUGUGUCACCUCACAGCAUUAUGGGAUUGCAGGCAAGUCAUGCAAGUGACUAAUUAAUAUGAUUUAGCAGUUAAUGAAUGAGGCUGAGUAGGAUAUGAAGAAUUAAGCAGAUCAAGGUGGAUGACACCCUCUGAGGACAUCACCUAACCAAAAUAUAUUAAACAGUUUAACUUUUUACUUUGCAGGCCGUGGUACUCUCCUUAUUUUGGAUGUUCUUCCCUCUGGGGUUCAGGUACUAGGCAGGUAUAAUGAUUUUAUGAACAUAAUGCUAUUUUAUUAUUAUAUCAAAACUGCUCUUCAAAAAGUCCCAAAGCUCACUAACAUGUAUGUGUGACUGUGUAUUUACAGUUGUUUUUCAUGAUAAGAGAUUUAAGAAUUACAGUAUUGGUCAGAUUGAUGACCCCCACUCUGUGCUGACAUCUCACUGGAUUUCAGUGAUUUUGUACAAAUAGUUAUGGUGAGUCCUGAGACUCAACUUACGAAAAAUCAUGAGUCCCAGUCCAGAACCAAUGAGUCCCAGUUAAAAAACAUGAGUCCCUGAGUCUUCAUGUAACCACACAGUUGAUCUAAAGAGAGACUCCAAAACUCUGCAUUACAGUUUACUGAAAAAAAAAAAUACUCCAACUGCCACAAGAACAGCCCGCCACAGAAAUCACACAAACAGGAUAUUCUACAAAAACAUCUUUAGAUCGAUCAAUCGAUCUUUGCGUCCUACGGGACGCAUACCACAAAUUAUUUUCGUUGUUGGGUAUUUUUAUUCGUCAGGGAUGCAGGAUGCAGAGGUAACAAAAUCACUGGGAUUUAUAUAUAUAUAUAUAUAUAUGCAUGUAUAUUGCAUCAUUCUUUUACAACUUUGUUCCUCCCUGCAGGUGGGAGUGGAGUGAGGGUCUUUUUGACUGCUCAUGGAGUGAACACAAUCCAGAUUUUAAUGUGACGGCCAGUGGAGAUGGUUCACUACAGGUCUGGGAUCUCAAAAACCCAAAGGUAAAUAUUAUACUCAAAUUUUUUAUAAGAUAGCUCUUCAUUUGCCUGUUGUUGCAUUCAAUCAUAAUAUUAGAAACUAACUUCUAAUAAAACAUGUAUAUCUAUGUAGGGUCCUGUAAAAGUUUUCAAAGAGCACAGUGCAGAGGUAAAUAAACAAUAUUAAUUCAUUGUUUUGAAAAAAAAAUAAUGAUGACUAGUGUAUCUAGUUCUUGCUUUAGUGGCUACAUUUUAGUGUGACACUCGGAUAUUUUUCUCACAGGUUUAUGGAGUUGACUGGAGCUGUAGUCGGCAAACUGAUCAAUUUCUGAGUGCAUCAUGGGAUCAUAGCAUAAAAUUGGUACCGUAAAGUUUGUAAUGUACAAAUGUAAAAUGUAUUAAACUGAAAAUGUUUGUUUUGCUUUAGUUAAUUACAAUACUACAUGUACAUGUAUUAGUUAUAAGACAGUGGACAGUGGGGUUUCUUAAACGCACUUACACUUAAUAAAGAAGGUCUUUCAUAGCUCAUAAAUAACAUCAUGUUAUACUAGAUCAUGCUACCAUUACCAGUUAAACAAAGUUUUUGACAGCUUUCUGAAAGGCCUUAUAAAUGUAAAUGUUUGAUAACAUUAGUGGGUUCCUUAUAAUACAAAACCAAUCAAAAUCCAACAUAGCAACGUCAGUACAAUUUUCAGUGUAAGAUUGGUAUACCAAAUAUUUUAUACCAUAAUGGUACAAUGUAAAUAUUUUACAUCAUGUACAGCUUUAUUUCUGAUACAGUGGGAUCCAAAACAGUCACAGUCGCUGGCAACAUUUACUGAUCAUGAACAUGUGGUCUACAGUGCUAUAUGGUCUCCUCAUAUAGCAAGAACAUUUGCUUCAGCUUCAGGUACAAACUUCUUUUUAUUUCUUUAUUCAAAUGUUUCAAAUGUGAUAAUUUAUUAGAAAUACAUUACCAGGAUAAAAUUCUUUGUAUACAGAUAGUGGUGGGCAGUUAACAUAAAAUGUUACCCAUUCGCUCCUAGUGGAGCUGUUUUCUGGUCACUCAUCAUCACCAUCAUUGGUCGACCUAAAAGCAGUUGACUGUAAGUUGUCUCCAACUGGCUUGGUCUUGGGCAGUGCACACAAUGUCUUCCUCUGAGAAAUGCUUUUUGGGGUCAAUUCUGGUCACUACCUGGCUGAAAAGAAUCAAAAAUGCCCCAAAUGCUGUUUACGAGUUAAGAACUUCACAGCCCUUUGUUUAUUGAAAUUUUUGUGUCAGCUGUACUUUGUUUUUGUGUUCUUCACUGGCCUGUUUCAUUGAAUCAUACUAAUUUGGAUAUGGUUUGAAAGAUCUCUUCCCCCUGCCUAAGUUAGAUGUCAGUGAUCUCUUAGAUAAUUUGAAGUGAAGAUAUCACAAGCAGCUUUUUAUAUUUGAUCAGUGUUAGGUUACAUAAGACAUUACUUCCCAUAGUCAGUUUAUUACACUGAACAUGUGAAUAUAAUAAUUUCCUAUAGUUAUACACGAUUCAUUCUUUGUAGGCGAUAAUACCCUCAGAAUAUGGGACGUUUCAGCUCCUCCAGCUGCACAGCAGACCAUCAGAGCACAUAGUGGAGAAGUACUGACUUGUGAUUGGGCAAAGUAUGAUCCAGUGAGUAUAUCAGAGGAUAACCUGACACCCUUGAAUAACAUACAGGAGCAUCAAUUAGCCCCUCCAUAUACCCAACAUAUAUAGUAAAUUAUAUCAGAGCAAAAUUAAUGAUACAGACGUGUAACUUGCUUUUUGAUUCAACAAUUAAUGUUAUCCUGUUUCUAUCAGCUAUGUGAGAUAUUAUUGGAUACAUGUAAUAUGGGAUACGUCUAUGGUAGCAGCAGCAGUUAACCAUUCUGCAUAGGCCAUCCACAUAAAAGUCACCCUCAGCUGCACUCCCAGCUUUUACCCAGUUGCUAUUGUCUCUUGGCGCAUGAGAGAGAACUGGAUGUAAAGAGGCACAAAUGCACCUCUUUUGCACUACGCAGUCUGCAAAAACAACAAAAACAUCAACAAAACUUUAUUUAUCCCUGUCUGCCUCUCUAAAUAGUGCAUUCCCAAGAAGCCUGCUCUUACCUUGUUCUCCUAAACAAAUAGAUGGUCUUGGUGGUGUACAUGUAAACUACAAAAGUUAAAAAAAAAAAAAAUUACGAAUAAAAUAUCAAUCACCUGUCUUUUCUUGUUGUUUUGUUAUUUUUUGUUUUAUUUUUUGCAUUGAUGUAGAAUCUUAUUGUCACAGGAUCGGUGGAUACUCAAAUUCGGUACGAUACUUUUUAUUUAUUUAUUUUUUUGUUGUUGUUUGUUAUCUUUUAUGUCAGUUAUGUUUGGGAAUCAAGGGCUGCUUAGAAAUAAACUGCAAUAAGACUUCUAAUAAACCUCCCACUUCUCUUUCCAAAUUCCUAUUUAUGUUGUGGUUUAAUUUUCAUCUUGGAUCAUUUAAUUUUGUUUACAAGUAUAUUUUUGUCAAACCAGUUAUUUUAUUUUUUUUGAAUCCAGUUCCUGUUUUUGGUCUUAUUUUGUUUUGUUUUGUUUUUUUGUAAUUUAAGGGGCUGGGAUUUACGUAACACAAUGGCUCCAGUCUUUAAUCUUGAAGGACACCAGUAUGCAGUGAGGCGAGUCAAGGUAAGAUUAUGAUACAUGUAACAGGUUCUUAUAUGGAUAUUUACACUAAGUUUGCUGUAGAUAAAUUGUGGUAUUGAUCUUGUGGUGGCAUACAAUACAUGUACAUGUACACUAACACAUUACACUUCAAUGUUCUCUUUAUCAAAGCUCCAAGAUGUUGAAUUUUAAUUACUAGUAAAUACGAUCCCCUGUCAUGUCAUCAUUACCCUUAUUUCAUGCAUCAUUGGAGUGGACUGGACCCUGUGUCUCACUAUUGGAAAUGACAAAAGGUUAGGGUUAAGGGUUAUGGGAUUGAUCAAAACCAGUCAGAUACAGACUUUGUCAAUGGCCCCUUAUUUUUUUUAGGAGAAACAUGACUGAAUUUACCUUUUCUCUGUAGUGCUCCCCUCAUAACAGAUCAUUGCUUGCAUCCUGUUCAUAUGACUUUACAGUAAGAACCUGGGACAUUAAGAGGGGACCACACCCACUUGAGAGUAUUGAGCACCAUACAGAAUUUGUUGUAGGACUGGAUUUCAACCUUCAUAUUCCAGGACAGGUAUGGAUGGAUUACAACAGAAUUAUUAAAUCCUGUUUGUUUACUUAGAGCCUGUUUACACGAUGGAGGUGGGGGACCCCAGGUAUGUGACCCCCUUAGGUGGGGUGACCCACCUGUCCAUGUACAUUGUAACCUCUCAUUUUAAUUUGAUCAUGUUUACAUGAUUGGUGGAGUGACCAUAUGAGAGAUGAUAUGAACAGCCAGGUUAUCUCACCUAAGUAGCUUGCCCUACAGCUGUACCUGGGGCCCCCCACCUCUAAGUAAAUAGGCCCUAGGUCAUGUACGUUUUAUUAUUAUUAUUAACCAGAGGUUUUUGUAACAGAAUUUAUCAAUUAAAAUUAUUAUGUAGUGAUGAAUGGCACUGCACAUGUCAAACAUUUUGCUGCAGUUAAUCAUAAAAAGAGUUCUGGUUUCCAUACAAUCAUUUGGGAUCAUAUUAAACUUCACAAAAGUAUACCUUACAGACCUCAGUUCUAUUCAGACAAUACAAUGUAUAUUGUAGCCACCCCAACUGUUCAGAUUGUCCUGAUCAGGACAAUGUCUCCUGAAUCCAGAGAAAUACUGUGAGUGCAAAAAAAGGCUAAAGGACAUUCAAGGCAGGCUUGAAUGCAAGAACUUGGAGCAAAAAUAAUCAUGUCCACUGACAAAUCUUGAUAAACAGACCAUAAGAAGGUUAGGGCCAGCCACUAACGCUUUCAUCAAUUCUUAAUUCUCUCCAGAUUGCAGACUGUUCAUGGGAUGAAUACAUCAAAAUUCACAGUCCAGCAUCUUUACUCCCAAGAUAA